CAUAUGAUGAGAUGUUUGUUAAGUGACUAGCUGGAUAUUUCCGCAAAUUAUUCAAAGUGCUCUUCGCCCUGCGCUUUGACCGAUCAUCCUUUUACACUUAACAUGUUUUGGAAUCCACGACUCCUCUUUAACUCAAGCGGAUAAAAGUUUACACCAAAGAAAAGGUAGGUAACGAGAAGUUCAUUUGCACUGAAGUUAGAAAUAUUUGCAGGUGUUUUUUAAGCAGUUAUGAAUUCAUAGGCCUCGCCUAUCAACCGGCGAUAUUAAGUGCAGGACAAAAUUCAUUCCUCUCGAAUAGGUUACCGGCUAAGAUUGGCGAAAAUCACGCAUUUUUACACAAGAGAUUCAUGUAAAAUAAAACCAUCAAAACCAUAUUCUGUAUUUACCUUACAGAGGCAAAUCCAUUUUUAUUAUACAAGAAACUCGCAGGAAUUUCGUUUGCGUCUCUUUUGGACUACCAUCAAACAAUUUUGCGUCGUUUGUGAAAGAACUAAUUUUAAACAUUUUCCGCACCGAGAUCGCCAACUCAUCUUCUCCAGUUUCCGUUAAAAAGCAUUUUAGGCGUUUAUUAUAGUGUUCUUAGAUAAAUAUAUGGAAGUCAUGAUUAUUGUCGCAGCUUGCAGAAACCUGAUUUGUUCAGUGCACGACAGGUUUGAGCGAAGUGGUAAAAAACGUGCAAUUCCCUUUUCAAAAACAAGUAGCACGUUUUGGGCGAUCCCGCACCUAUUUGAAAGAUUGUUUUUUAUUCACGUUUUGUUGUCCGUUUGACAGUGGCUCAAGAUCUAACUUCCGCACAGGUCGUCUAAACAUCAAUUACUGUCCCGCUCACUCCUACACUACUUCCCUAACACAAGGCAAAACAAUAAGCUCAAACUGAAAAAAAGAAAGAACAAAAUUAAAACUCCAAUCGAGCACGCCUCCCGGAUAUCGAACACCAAAGGACCAACUUAUUUCCAGUUCCUUAAGCUUAAUUAUUCAAAUUUGCCAGGUGUAUUUGUACAACAGGAAAUAGUGGAAGAACUUCCCCUGUUUACAAGUUGUUAGAGAACAAUAUUUCGCAUUACCAGUGUUCAUAACCUUAAUUUGCGAUUUUGUGUUCGUAGGAAAUCAAUGACAAUAGCCCUUAUGCGUGUCAACGUCAGACUUGCAAAAUUCAAUUUCGAAACUCUAAAUCUGCCAAGUUUCACUAAAGAUGAAUUUCUAUGACAGUUAAUCAGGUGGUUAAUUGUUUUGAAAACCUCACAUGCUCUAACUGAGUGCAAAUGCGAACAAUUUUGUUCACCAUCGAGGCUUGUGGAAACAUUUUCUCGGUUGACGUAAACAGGCAGAAGGACAAUUAGGCAGUAAUUGUUAUUGAACGGAGAAAAACAAUUAUUAAAGCAAUUUUAAUCGCUGAAAAUUCACCGAAACAUUACUGAGGUCAACGAAAAUCAAGGAAAACUUUAAGAGACAAUUUCGGGGGAAAUUGAAGAACUAACCUACAACGUAGCUAAACUCAAUGUAAAUCGGUACAAGAAAGCCAAUACUGCCGGGAGAUAAGGAGUCCCAAUAUCUGCGGCAUCAAGCAGCGAGCCGCCGAGGUAAAAUAUCCCGAGGUGAUUAUUUUUAGUUUCGGUCACAUUAGAUAUCAUAGAUGCAUGAGUACAUCUUCCAUUAAUAUACAGUUCCAUUUAACGUAUCGAGGACCUGAGUUUGUGCUUAUAAAAUCAAGCCUUAAGUAAAUAAGAUAAGCAUAUAAGAGGGUAAUAUCAUUAUGUCUUAAUAAUUGUACCGCGACAAACUCAUAAGGGGUUGACAUAUCAUAUAUAACAGAUUUAUGUUCUGAGGAAGGUUGUGAUAUGACUAUAUUGGACUCUAGAGUGAUUUAAUCUUCAGCAACACUUUGAACUGAAAACCGUAUUUUACGAUAUUUACGGACUGAUUCUUAUGAAUUUUUAUCGCUUACUCUUUAAUUAAUAUUGCCAGUUACAUGAAAUCCUUUAUUAUCAAAAUUGAGUGGAAGUUCAUAGAAAGCUUUAACAAAAUUAUUUCAUCAGUAAUUAAUAAGUAAUUGCAUUUAUUUCACAGGGUGACUUCAGACCAACUCAAACUGAAGCCUGAAAGUUAAUGUUUCUAGCCAGCACAUCCUAAAUGAAUCAGUGCCUGCAUCUUACGAAGUCUUCAUUAAUCAUGCUGUAUGAGCAUCCGGGCUUCGGCUUAUUUUACGGUGUUGCCUGUAUAGCAUUAUCGCUUAUAGCGAUUAUUGGAAAUUCGAUCGUCUUCUAUGCGUUUUGGAUUUCGAAGUCACUGAACCAUACAUCACAGAUGUCAAGAAUGCUUCUUCUUAGCCUCGCCGCUUCUGAUCUCGGCGUGGGCUUGUUUGUUUUACCCCUUCAUGCGGCCCUGAUGUUGCAAAUGCUGGGACUCGUGAGCAGUAAUGACAGUUUACACGACCAAAAUAUGACGAAAACAUGCCCUCUCUUCAAGGCGGCCAUAUUCGUUUCCAUUUUCUUCAGUGGAGCUUUACUUUUAACAAUUGGAGCCAUUGCAAUAGACAAAUAUCUUUCCCUGUACCUGCAUUUAAAAUACACUCAAUUAGUGACUUCAGCGAGAAUUCGUUUCGCAGUGUCUGCUGUCUGGACGAUAUCAUUCUUACUCGCCACACUAGAGACAUUAAUGGGAUUAAAUGUUAUAAUCAACACCUCCGGAAUGGUGUUGGUUAUUUUUAUAGCCUCGAUCGCUUAUUGGAAAAUUUAUACCAUUGCUCUUCAUCAUCAGAAUCAAAUUUGUGUUCAGGACGGUCAACAGAAUCAAAUUUGUCGAUUAACUCAUUUUUCGCGCGCCAAGAGGAUGGCAAUGAAAACGUCUUCCCUUUUUUUUGUAUUGGUAAUCUGUGAUGCACCUUCGAUAGUGAUAUGCCCUAUGUUUGAAUAUUCAAAGACUCCUUCCACCUUGUUAACGUUGUUUUUUUAUGUGUCAUCGUUUCUUUUUAUUUCUAAUACCUGUCUAAAUCCACUCGUGAUUUGCUGGAAAAUUCGGGAGGUCCGCGAAAUUUUUGCAAAUGUUUUCAAACACGUGUUUUCAAAAUGUAUUCCUUCAGGUAAUCAAUGAGAGACUGAUUUUAAAUUCAAACAGCUGUCAAUGUUCGCUUGUAGCUAUAAUCAAAACUGCAUUUUUAGAAA